GUGCUGCCCUCCACGGCCACUCUUAUAACUAGGAGAGAAGAAGGGGAAAAAGAAUUCGUAGUGGCACGCAAGCAGUUUCGGCAGAGUCGGCGGUGGAGUUAAACAAGUGACUUGUAAAUUUUGUUCUACACUUUGUCCGUGUAUUUUCGUUUAUUAUGGGUCAAAACCACUCGGGUGCGGGUGGUUCUGGAGGGGAAAAGAAAGAUGACAAGGAAAAGAAGAAGAAGUAUGAACCCCCAAUUCCCACACGGGUCGGCAAGAAGAAGAGGAGAACAAAGGGACCAGAUGCUGCUAUGAAAUUGCCGCAAGUCACGCCACACACAAGAUGCCGAUUAAAGUUACUCAAGUUGGAGAGGAUAAAGGAUUAUCUACUUAUGGAGGAAGAAUUUAUUCGCAAUCAGGAGAGACUAAAGCCCCAAGAGGAGAAGAAUGAGGAAGAAAGGUCAAAGGUUGAUGAUCUGCGAGGAACUCCUAUGUCUGUAGGAACACUGGAGGAAAUUAUUGAUGAUAAUCAUGCCAUUGUGUCAACCUCUGUUGGAAGUGAACACUAUGUCAGCAUUCUGUCCUUUGUUGAUAAGGACCAGCUGGAGCCUGGAUGCUCUGUCCUUCUGAACCACAAGGUCCAUGCUGUUGUUGGAGUUUUGUCAGAUGACACUGACCCUAUGGUCACUGUUAUGAAACUGGAGAAAGCUCCUCAGGAAACUUAUGCUGACAUUGGUGGGUUAGACACUCAGAUUCAAGAAAUUAAGGAAUCUGUUGAACUUCCUCUUACUCACCCUGAGUAUUAUGAAGAAAUGGGUAUCAAACCACCCAAGGGUGUUAUUUUAUACGGGCCUCCAGGAACAGGCAAAACAUUACUGGCUAAAGCUGUAGCAAACCAAACAUCCGCCACGUUCCUUCGUGUAGUGGGGUCAGAACUGAUCCAGAAGUACCUGGGUGAUGGUCCUAAGUUAGUGCGUGAGUUAUUCCGUGUAGCUGAAGAUCAUGCUCCAUCAAUUGUGUUUAUUGACGAAAUUGAUGCAGUUGGUACCAAGCGUUAUGAUUCUAAUUCCGGUGGUGAACGCGAAAUCCAACGUACUAUGCUUGAACUUCUGAAUCAGCUUGAUGGAUUUGAUUCACGUGGUGAUGUUAAGGUUGUUAUGGCAACUAAUAGAAUUGAAACCUUGGAUCCUGCUCUUAUUCGACCUGGCCGUAUUGACAGAAAAAUUGAGUUCCCCCUUCCUGAUGAAAAGACUAAGCGCCGUAUCUUUAGUAUUCACACAUCAAGAAUGACUCUGUCUGAAGAUGUCAAUCUCACUGAACUCAUUAUGGCCAAAGAUGAUUUAUCAGGUGCAGACAUCAAGGCUAUUUGUACUGAGGCAGGUCUCAUGGCUCUUCGUGAAAGGAGGAUGAAAGUAACCCAUGAAGAUUUCCUGAAAUCGAAGGAAAGUGUCCUAUACCGCAAGAAGGAGGGCACACCUGAAGGACUGUACUUGUAGAAAGGGAUUUUACUGACUUGAUAUUUAUGAAUUAAGUACUUGUUUAUGAGUGAGUGAAUUUGAAUUAUACUGGCUAACAUUUGUAUUA